AUGUGUGGCUACAGCCUCGCUCUGCCCCUGCUGAUAACGCUGCCGCUGCUGGUGGCGCUGCUGGCGCUGAGCGUGAGUCUGGCGCCGCUGGCGCCGACGACGCCGCCCGCCAAACAGCUCAACCGCCACUCGCUGUACUUGGACUUGCCCCAGCGCCAGCUGCUGCUCUACGUCGAUGACACGGUGGACGAGCUGAUGCUCGAAGGCCACAUUGGCCAGGUGUACCAGCCCCGGGUGGCGGCGCUAGAACACUCUACUGAGGGCGCGACCCAGGUGGUGCUCUCGGUUGAGGCGCCGUUGGUGUACGAGCUGUUAGUGCAACAGACGCAGUCGCUGACGCUUGCGUUUACCCAGUCACUUCAAAAUGUUGCUCAGAGAACGCCGCUGAAUGAUUACACUGAAGGUGCCGUCGCCACUGAUAGUCUUCUGAUGGCGCUGCUGAUUGAACUUGGGUUGGGCAUUCGCGAAGACGACAGCGCCGCCACUAACACCGCUGCGGGCGCCCCCAGCGCGCCCCGCACUCCAGCGGCGCUCGUCGAGCGCCAAGUGGCGGCGUUCGACCACUACGCCGAACUCGCCCUCGCGCCCGAUACCCUUCUUUGCUAUGACUACGUCGACAUCUCCACCACACUGGGGGCGCUUUUCGACCCCAUCGUCGCCUACUUGUACGCCAACUGCAUGGUGUUUGUCCAUCACCACUCGGUGAUUGGCCAGGUGCAGAUCAGUGACGUCGCCAAGGUCGCCGCCAUCGGCUCCCAGUUGGUGGUGCUGCUCACCACCGACCACUUGCCCGAGUUGAUCUUUGAAAGCCACCCGGUGGCCAUCGUUAAGUGGGAGAUUUUGCUUAAGCGCCUUGCCGACUCGGUAGCCGCUAACAGCCACGCUAGCUUAGUUCAAGGUCACGACGCCAAAGUGGUCGAAGUGGAACCGUUACCGCUUAAACAGCUUACGACGAACGCCUGGGACUACCACCCAGAGGUGUUUGACCAGUGGGAGCUGCCGGAACUCGUGGAGUUCGCUGAACAAGUAGUGCUGCUGCAACUGAUGGACCCUGAAGUUUUAGUGGAAGCGGUGCCGGCGCCAGGGGCAGUGCCGUUGAACUUGAUCCUCUGUGUCUGUGUCGAUAACCACAGUGACAUGCUGAGGGAACAAUACGGCGCCACCCUCGCCCGCCUCAUCCGCCAGCUGUUGCUGAAGCUCCGCGACUGCGAUACGUUGGCGCUCGUGUUUGUUGGCGCUCCUGGUGCUUCAGGGUCGUUUAUCGGCCUGGCGCCCCCGCUGUGGGACGGGUGGGACCAGAUUAUUGAUGAUAUUGAAGUCCCCGAGACUCCCGUGCUCUCGCUGCUGAUGGAGGAGUUCACUAUGGUAUUCGAAAAGCUCCACUCGUUAUACCCGUUUAUCCCCGAUAAGCUCAACCGUACCAAUAAGGUAUUGGUGGUGCUGAGUAACCACUACGAAAAUGACGCCAACGCUGUGGUUCCCGAUGGCGUGCGCCGCAAAUUGGCCGCGUUAGAGCGCCUUUCCCUCACCGUGGUGCGUGUCGGUGGCCACACCGCCGCCGUCGCCUCCCUCGCCGAAGCGUUUGCUCAGCCCAUCGAGUAUUUGGACACCGUAAAAGUGACCUACGCCACCCACCUCCUUCGCUUCGACGACUACGACGCCCUUGACUAUGAAUUGCGCCAGCUUAUUGACCACUACCAGCGGGUAGUGGUGCCGGUAGUGAAGAUCACGGUGGAGCCCAGCGCCCUCACCGAAAUCGGCCAGGUGGAAGUUGCUGGUCAAAUGCGCUCCGCCGCUGAAGGUACCACAAAAUUUGUGCUUGUGGUUAAAGACGUGAUCCCUGGCGGUCAACGUAAUGUCCUCUUAUCGGUAGGACUGACCAGUGGCUCUGUGGUGCCGAGAUUUGCCUACACGGUGGAAUGGGACCGCAAACACGCCACCCACAUGUUUACCCCGCGCAACACUCAAUUAAGCUCACGGGCAGUGGUAAAACGGGUAGCGGAAAUGCAAGUUUCAGAAUGGCUUCGUCAGGGACAACGUUUAGAUGGGGUGAAGCUGGCGAUCCAGCUGAUGGAUCAAUGGGAAGCAGCAGCGGUUUCUUUCCCUGAUGCCAGUUUCGAAGGAGACGACUAUAUCCCUCUGGCGGGGCUGUCGCUUCUGACGUUGACCCAACUGGCCCAGCUGGCGACAACGCCGUUAGACGAGUACUUUUCCGGUCUCUUGCGCGAGCUCAAUUUCGUCGCUGCCAGCUAUAGCCACGGCGACGACGCCCGUGCCGACGCUAAAGGGUGUGACAUUGCCUACUCGUUGAUGUAA